UUUAAGAGGCAUAAACUUUGCCCAAACAAAGCCUCCAAUUUUCAAGCUCCACCACGUAUAUAAACACCCUAGCCCCUUCUGUUGCAGAGCCAUGACGUUUUCGAGCAAAACCCUAAUCUUAUUCCCUGGAGAUGGUGGGCGUUUUGGGCGAUCCCACCGUUGAAGAGGAGGACCUCUCCCAGCAAGCUCCGAAGCUCAAGAACUCGGAUGAUUCAUUUCCGCGUGGACACUCUGUAUCUGAUCUCGACGAUUUCUCUCUGUCUUUCGUCGAUUCGUUCCUUGAUUUCGACUCCAUAAGGGAUUGGACUGAAGAAAACUCGGUUCUUGAUAUGGCUGAUCUGAAGAGUGAUCAAGACAAUGCUGCUUCGGUGAUGAUGGAAGGCCUGACUGGAAAGCCGGGUGUUGAUGUGGCUGGUCCAAAGAUUGAGCAGGAAAAUGGUGGUUAUAGGAAUCCGAAAUUGGACGAAUUGGGUUGUUCGAUUGAGGAGGAGAUAAGAAAGGUUUGUUUGGAUGGUUCUGCGGGGGCAGAUGCCAGUGAGCCGAAGAGUGAUGGAGUUGGUGCAGUGAAUGAUCAAACAGAUGGUGUAAAGAAUGGCGAAGCAGCAAGUGUUGAUGGCAGUGGCUUGAAGAGCAGUGAGACUUUGGUUGCCAGGGAAAGUGUUAGGAAUGGUGGUGAAAAGAGUGAUGAAACAGAGAGUGAUGGCGAUGACGAAAGCGAUAGUAGUUCGGGUUCAGAGAGCGAAAGUUCUUCCUCGUCAUCGUCUUCAUCAAGUGGUGAAGAGGAAGAGGACCAGGAGGAUGAGGCCGUGAAUGAGUUGGAGGGAGAGAUGGACUUGGAAGAAGGUGAGAUAAGAGAAUCUGAUGUGGAAAAGAUGGUGCCUUGGAGUGAUAAUGAGGAUGAAGAGGAUGACGGUGCUCCAAAAGGGCCUGUUAGAUCAAAAAAUGAGCUGAAGUUUCUUCCUCCAGUUCCUACAGUGAAUGUGUCCUUACUACCACACCACCAGACCGUGCCAGUAGGAGUUGUUUCAUCGGUCAUUGGUCCACAGGUCAUUGUGGAAGGUUUAGAGAAGCAUAAGCCUCUUAAUGAGGGUUCUAUCCUUUGGAUAACAGAAAGCAGAUCCCCACUAGGGCUUGUGGAUGAAAUUUUUGGUCCUGUCAAGUACCCUUACUACAUAGCAAGAUACAAUUCAGAAAAUGAAGUCCCUGCAGGAGUCCGACAAGGCACUUCAAUAUCAUUUGUUCCAGAAUUUGCAAAUCAUGUCUUAAAUGACCGCAACCUUUACAUGAAAGGAUAUGAUGCAUCUGGUGAACACGACGAAGAGUUGUCAGAUGAACUAGAGUUCUCAGAUGAUGAAAAAGAGGCUGAAUACAGGAGAAUGCUGAAGAUGUCAAAGAGAGGCACAAACGAUCCAAAACUUGCAACUAAGAAGAAAGGUAGGAAGACAUUUAAAAAUCGUGGUGGGACAUGGCAAAGCGGUCGACCUUCAACUCCACAAACAGAAGAGGGGGUGUAUGAGCUACCACCGAACCAGCAUCGGGAGAGCAACUCACCUCUAGCGGGAUCAGUGGAUCACGGCAACCGGUCAAACUCCUUUGGCAUGGGCCAAAGUUUUGCUGGCGCCCCUGGCUUGGUUCCACAAUUCCCACAACUGGUUCAAGUGCCUGGAUUUAUUCCACCACCUAGUGAAGUUUGGGCAAAAGGAAUGCCAUUUGAGCAGCAGCAGAGUAUGGCUUUUGGUAAUGGACUUCCAACUAAUGGUAUGCCAUGGCUGCAGCAAAAUCAUCAUCAGCAAUCGUAUCAGAUGUCUCUGCCAAAUGGAAUGCCAAUCCAGCAGCAGUUUGUUCCUAGUCAGGGGUUGCCUUCUAAUGUUCUAAUGGGUGGACCAUCAGCCUUCUGUGCAGGACCUGUAUUUCCGCCAUGGUCUGGUGGCUUAGGUCAAAACAUCAACCCACCGUUGGGGAUGGGCAUGCAAUUCCAACCGGCUCCCAUGUCCAUCAUGAAUAUGGGAGAACAGCAGCCGCCUCUUAUCUCCGGCAACAUGGAAGCUUCUCAGACAUUUAAUCAUGGUAUGCGUACUGGGAACGUGGGAGAACAACAGCGUCCUCUUUUCUCUGGCAACCUGGAAGCACAUCCGAAGUUUGAUCAGACGAUGCAUCAGGGUCACGGUAUAUACACCGUGAAUGUGGGAGAACAACCGAGUCCUCUUAUCUCCGGCAACCUAGAGGCUCCUCAGAAAUUUAAUCCUGGGAUGCAUCGGGGUCGCGGCAGGAGACCUUAUAACAGAGGCGGUGGACGUGGUCGGGGUCGGGGUGGUGGUCGCUUUGGAGGUGGAAGUGGGCGGCAGCAAUCUUAGUGAUGUCCGGGGAUAUGUUUUGCUUAAAUUCUCUUAAUGGAUAUGACAUUCUCGUGUGUUUUCCCUCAAUGUACCUGGUUAUGUAGUUGUAGAGAGCAAGUCAUGUCUCUUUUGGGGGAGAGGGAAGAAUUUUGGAAUUUCACUUUUAAAGGCAGCAUUUUGACAUGGGACUCUUUUUCAGGUGCUAGGCAUUCCAUGAGCAAUGUCGAAAUCAAUUCUGAGUUUUUUUGUUCUCUUUUA